AUGGAGCUGAGAAGCUUGGACCCGACGGAUAUCGCCGGAAUCCACUUCAGCGCCGAGGUCCUGGUUGAAUCCGCCCAGGAACGGUUGACGAUGGAUGGUGUCAGGUCAUCCCGUCCGGAUAAGCCGUAUCAGCGCACCUACAAGGCAUGUAUCCCUUGCCGACAGAGAAAGGCCAAAUGCGACCUAGGGACCGGUCCAGAUGGCCUUCCGAUCGGCCCACCAUGUGCGCGCUGCCGAAGGGAACUAAGAGAAUGUGUAUUCCCCGAGAAACGGGCAUGGGAAAGGUCCCGCAAACGAGUGCGAUCACCGGAGAGCUACGAAGCCGAUGUAUCACCCCGAGACGCCAGACAACUUACGAUCACCUCGCCCGGUAGUUCUGUCGUUGCACAAGGAUUAACCCACAAAUCGCAUGCAAGCGACGUGGCUAAUUCAUCUCCCGAGACCAAUUUUCACCAGGAGCCCGCCUUCCAGCCGCGAUGGCCAUAUCAUCGGGAUCAAACAGGGUCUCACCGUGGCUCCCUCGAGCACCCUUCCGUCGGGCCUUCACAAACUGAUCAGUCUCCUUCUCAUGCAUAUGAAAAUAACAGACAUCGAGCGAAUUCCACCCUUGCGAGCUCUAUGAUGCGCACUGUCGUUGCGAGCGGUAAUGAUGCACUUAAUAUUCUCUUCGAGGCUGCAGCUGCUCAAGAAGAUAUUAACCCUGAUACUAGCUCCGAGUCACUAGCUGGGCCUCCAUCGGCAGGUCCGAGUACUCAAGAUCGAACACCCAGAAACUAUGAUGCCACGUUUGAGUCGGUGCCACGGGUAAUACAUCCUGUUAAGCUGUCAGACGCCGCCCGAGACACUCUCAAUGUCUGGGAGGCUUGUCGGUUUGUCAAGAUGGGCUGGUUCACUGCUAGAGAGGCUGUUACCUUUAUUGAUCUGUUCUAUCAGAAUAUGUCCUGUUUAUCGCCGAUUCUAACUGAUUUCUACGCCGACCACCGAUAUCACUACUGGCUGAUUACUCGGGAGCCAGUCCUGUGCUCCACCAUUCUCAUGAUCUCUUCCCGCUACCAUGUCCUUCCUGGAGCAGGGGGAGAGUCCAGGAAUUUCUUUAUUCAUCAUAGACUAUGGUCACAUUGCCAGAAAUUGACGAUGCGGCUGAUAUUUGGGCAAGAGAAAUCGACAAAAUCCAAGGUACGGAGUCUUGGUACUGUGGAGGCUCUUCUAUUGAUGUCAGAAUGGCAUCCUCGCGCCCUCCAUUUUCCGCCCGAAACAGAUGGCUGGGAUGAUGACUUGAUUCCAGCAGCACCCGGGAAUCACGACAAUAAUGACCCGAACGCGGAACCUGGCGGGCGCGGGGUAGAAGAUAUAAUUGAGCCAGCACGCCGAUCUGACCAAAUGUCGUGGAUGUUGCUUGGGUGUGCACUUUCCCUUGCACAUGAGCUGGGUAUAUUUGAGAAAGAAGGAAGCAGCUCACCGGCUGACGAACCAGAAUGGAGAGAACAGAUUGUGAUUCGCUGGCAACGUGUACAACGUCUGCUAUACGUCUACAUCAACCAAUUGGCUUGGCGGAUCGGAUGCAUGUCACCGAUUCCUCAAUCAUUAAACCAUGCUAUCCUGGGUGGACGGAAGCCACAAGGACUAGAUCCACCUGGCAGCACGUGGUUAACGUUCAUGGAUUCGUGGAUUGAGCUUACCAAGCUAGCCAAGUCUGUCACUGAUAUGUUCUUCCCCUCUGCUGCGUUUGCUCGCCAGCAACUACACAGCGGUCGAUAUGUUGGCCUACUUGAGCAUUUCCGACCUUUACUCAACCAAUGGAAAGACAAGUACCUACAGCCCCAAGUACUUGAUAAAGCAUUCUACAACGAUCUGUUCAUCGAAUACCACUUCGUCCGCGUAUACACCCAUUCAGUGGGAAUGCAAGCAGUAGUGGAACGUGCUGUCGCAGAGAAUGACCCUAAUAACUUCGACGGAGUGCGACCCAUGACCAUCGACCCAACAGACUACGAAUACAUCCAAGAGGUCAUCGAUGGAUGUGGCCAGAUCUUACAGAAAGUCACCCAUUUAGCCGAAGCAGGGGCGCUCCGAUUCUCCCCAGUUCGAAUCGUUCUUCGCAUAACCAGUGCCUCGAUCUUCUUGAUGAAAGCACUCAGUCUGGGUACACGGCAAGCCAAGCUCCAGGAAUCAAUUGAAAUAUUAGAAAAGAGCAUCAAAGCACUCAAGUCAAACGCCUUGGAUGAUGUACAUCUGAGCACGCGAUAUGCCACGCUGUUAGACAUGCAUGUUUCGCGCUUGCGACGCAAUCUUCUUGCGUCUUCAAAAGCAAUGAAAAGUAGUCAAGACGUUACCCGAAGAUCAUCCAUGGCGCCUCCUCCUUGGCCAGACAAUGGUGACCGGUCAAAUCCCAUGAGAGCCCCUGUAUCGCAAGAUCCACCCCCGGAUCUGGGAUUCGUUCCAUCGUUGAACGAUAUCGGCGCUGAUAACUGGCUUUCGCUACCAUUUGAUCCAUCAAUGGCGCCUUUUGAUAUGAGCCAUGGAUGUCAAUUUCCGAUCUUUCCAGUUACCAAUAUGACGAACCCAGCGUCAUUCAAACCCACUCUAAUUAUCCACGGUGGCGCCGGUAACAUCCAACGCUCCAAACUCCCCCCAGACCUCUACGCCGCCCACCACGCCUCCCUCAAAUCUUAUCUCCGCUCAACCCACACCCUCCUCAAAAAUGGUAGUAGAGCCCUAGAUGCAGCCGUCCAUGCAGUCUCCCUCCUCGAAGAUGACCCUCUAUUCAACUGCGGCCGCGGUAGCGUCUUCACAAAAGCCGGCACAAUCGAAAUGGAAGCAUCCGUAAUGGUGACAUCCGUGCACCACAACACAACCCAGCCCGGCACAAUCAAGCGCGGCGCAGGCGUAAUGGGCGUCCGUAACGUACGACACCCGAUCCAACUCGCACGCGAGUCUAUCCUCAGAUCCGGUGUUGCCGCCGAUGGAUCACCCGUAGAUGACGGAGGGAGUAUGCAUUCCCAGCUAGUCGGGCCGUAUGUGGAGACACUAGCACGGGAUUGGGGACUGGAGUUUUGUUCCGAUGAGUGGUUUUUCACGCAGAAGAGGUGGGAUGAACAUAUGAGGGGUUUGAAAGGGGAGGAAGAGCCGAUUUCGUUGACACAGGGGACUGUCGGUUGUGUUUGUCUUGAUCAGUGGGGGAAUCUGGCUGUUGCUACUAGUACCGGUGGGCUGACGAAUAAGUUGCCCGGUAGAAUUGGUGAUACGCCUACCUUGGGGGCUGGGUUCUGGGCUGAGGCUUGGGAUGAGAUUGUGUCGGGUGAUGAGACAGUGCUGGAUAAUUCAUCGGUGACUGGAUUGCUACGUGAUGCGAGGAACUGGCUGGGUGAUUGUAUACCGCAGUUUCUGCGGGAUCAGGCACUACCUGUUUACUCCUCACUUCCGGGUGAUGGUUCCUCUAGGCAACGGGACUUGGGGUCGGAGAAGACUUGUUAUUCUUAUACAUCAUCUGCUCAAUGCUCUCGUCGGAGGGCUGUUGCGGUUUCCGGGACUGGGAAUGGGGACUCGUUCCUUCGGGUUGCGGCUGCGCGAACUACUGCUGCAAUGCUACGGUUUUCGUCGCCUGGUAGGUUCCCAUCUGGUCUUGCAGACGCGGUGACGGCUAUUUCUGGACCCGGUGGUGAGCUUCAACGUUCGGCUGGCUCUAGGUGGGGAAAGGCUGGUGAGGGUGAAGGGGGUAUCAUUGGUAUAGAGGCAGAAUUUGGCACUGUGAAGAGGACAUCGGAUGUUAAACUACAUCGGGGUAAGGUUGUGUUUGACUUCAAUUGUGGUGGUAUGUGGCGUGCUUGGGUAGAGGAGGAUAAUGCUGGUAACGAAGUGGAAAGGAUCAUGGUCUUUCGAGAGCAAUAUUAA